CAAGUAUAGCAGCUGCCACCCAGACAAACCAUAGUCUCAUGCCACGCCCCUGAUAUAAACAUAUAAAUAUAUAGUUAUUUAGGCUACAGGAGAAAUGAUUCACUGUAAUCCAGCUGGCUCACUUUUAAAAGGCUGCCACCAGGGGGCGCUGUGCAGGCCGCUAUUUUAGUCCCCGGUCCUGAUACAUUAGUGUGCGUGACAGCCAGAGCGCUCGCGUGGUGCUGAUGUGAGGAACACACCGGGCUGUUUUUUGUUUUCUUUUCUUUUUUUUAGGAGCGAUCGCGGACGGACAUGCGUUUCGUAAUGCACGAGAUGGCUUUUAAAUAUCGGCUCUGUGUCCUGCGUUAUCGUGGAUGAAUCCAGGUUAUGUGUUUAUUAUUGUGGAGAUAGCGGAUCGGCUGCGUUAGUGCGCGCUUGAAGGUGGAGGAGGAGUUGGCUCUUGGUGGAUGGCAGAUGGCAAAGAGAUCUGGAGGAUGCGAUGGACACGAUUACCGCGAUAAUCACUGCAACUGGUGGGCGUUAAAUCAGCACGAAUUUGCUGGACCAUGCAGGCUGAUGUGCCCCUCUCUUAAGUAAUCUUUCCGUCAAAAAUGCCACGGAGCUCUAGAAACAGGGUGGAGAAUGUCAGGGUGGAGAAAGCCUACACCCGUGGAAUGACUAAAGGUCAAGUAGUAUAGGGAAAGUCAUGGUUUGGAAAUGAACAGGAAAGCACAAUCAGUAUGGUUGUCUUUAUUUUGCCAACUCAUGCGAAUGUUAAGGCAUCUUCAGUGAGUGCUACCCAGCAUUGACUGUCCAAACCAAAGGACCUCUCUCGAUAGCAUCACCUCGUCUAACUAAUCGAGGAAAGCAUCAGACCGGGACUUUGAAGAAGGUUUUUGAAAAAGGUUGGCAAAAUGAUGUGCGAAGUGAUGCCGACCAUCAACGAGGGAGACUCAACGAGUUCCCAGAGAGGUUCUCAGAACGGCUCGGACGGGGAGUCCAAUUUCGAGCAGCUGAUGGUGAACAUGCUGGAUGAGAGAGAUAAGCUGCUGGAGUCGUUGCGUGAGACCAGAGAUGCUCUUGUACAGUCACAGGCAAAGCUUCAGGAGGCCCUUCACGAGAGGGAUGCUCUCCAGAGACAGAUCAGCUCAGCGCUGCCACAGGAGUUUACAUCACUAACGAAGGAGUUGAGUGCAUGCCGGGAGCAGCUUUUGGAGAAAGAGGAGGAAAUCUCCGAGCUUAAAGCAGAAAGGAACAACACCAGGCUCCUCCUAGAACAUUUGGAGUGCUUGGUGUCGCGUCACGAACGCUCUUUAAGGAUGACGGUGGUGAAGAGACAGGCUCCUCCACCCUCUGGAGUCUCCAGUGAAGUGGAGGUGCUUAAGGCUCUCAAAUCUCUGUUUGAGCACCACAAAGCCCUGGAUGAGAAGGUGCGGGAGCGGCUGCGCGUGGCGCUGGAGAGAGUGACAACACUAGAGGGUCAGCUGGUAGCCGCCAAUCAGGAGCUUACCAUGGUGCGACAAGGAAGAGAUGGAAAAACAGAUGGGAACAAAAUGGACAGUGCAAAACCAGCUUGGAAGCGGCUUCCGAAUGGCUCCAUAGAUGUCCAUGAUGAAUCGACUCGUGCUGUGGAGCUGCAGGAGCUGCUAGACAAAGCUAAUAAAGAUCUGUCAGCAAGUCGUGAGCGCUUUAACACGUUGAAUACCCGUGUGGCUGAGCUAGAGAGUGAACUCGCCAAUGUGCGCAAGGAGCUUCUGAAGAGCGAGGAGAUCAGCACCAAACACCAGCGAGACAUCCGUGAGGCCAUGGCACAGAAGGAGGAUAUGGAGGAGCGGAUCACAACGCUGGAGAAGCGCUACCUGGCUGCGCAACGUGAAACAACCUCCAUCCAUGACCUGAAUGACAAGCUGGAGAACGAGCUGGCCACCAAGGACUCGCUCUAUAGACAGAGCGAGGAGAAGGUGCGUCAUUUGCAGGAGCUAUUGGAGCUGGCUGAGCAGAGACUACAGCAGACAAUGAGGAAGGCUGAAACACUGCCAGAGGUGGAGGCUGAACUGGCUCAGAGAGUGGCUGCUCUUACCAAGGCAGAGGAACGACAUGGAAACAUUGAAGAACGUCUUCGUCAAUUAGAGUCACAGCUAGAGGAGAAGAACCAGGAGCUGAGCCGAGCUCGUCAAAGGGAGAAAAUGAACGAGGAACACAACAGGCGUCUGUCAGAUACAGUGGACCGCCUACUUACUGAAUCUAAUGAACGCCUGCAACUCCACUUGAAGGAACGAAUGGCUGCCCUGGAGGAUAAAAACGCACUCAUUCAGGAUCUGGAGAAUUCACAGAAGCAGUUGGAAGAGUUCCACCACAACAAGGAGAGACUGAUAGGGGAAAUUGAGAAGCUUCGCUCAGAGUUAGAUCAUCUAAAAAGAAGGAGCGGAGCUUUUGGAGAUGGAACACACCCUCGGUCUCAUUUGGGCAGUGCCACAGACCUGCGUUUUUCUGUGGUGGAGGGACAAGGGGAGCACUUUUCUUCUACAGGAGUCAUUCGGCGAGCACAAAAAGGAAGAAUUGUAGCACUCAGGGACGAGCCGACAAAGAUCCUACCGAUGGUUGAGCAGGACUGGGAGCGAUUACAGCCUUCUAGCCUUCGAGGCAGCCGCUCACACCUGAUGGGCAGUGACACAGAGCUCUCAGACCUGGAUGAUGAUGACCGUGAGACCGUGUUCAGCUCAGGGGACAUGUUGUCUCCCAGUGGUCACUCAGAUGCUCAGACACUUGCCCUCAUGUUGCAGGAGCAGUUGGAUGCCAUCAAUGAGGAAAUCAGGAUGAUCCAGGUCGAGCGAGAAUCAGCCGAGCUCCGGGCAGACGAGAUUGAGAGCCGUGUAAACAGUGGUAGCAUGGACGGGCUGAACGUGACUCUCCGUCCACGGUCCACUAUCCCCACCUCGGUCACUGCCCUCUCCCUUGCUAGCUCUUCACCUCCCGUCAGCGGCCGCUCCACUCCAAAGAUGGCAUCUCACUCCACUGCCCAUGAGCUCGGUGUUAUGACUCUGCCUAGUGAUUUACGAAAACACCGCAGGAAAGUCACUUCUCCAGUUGAAGCUCGUGAGGAUAAGGCCACUAUAAAGUGUGAGAUGUCGCCCCCUUCCUCCCCUCGUGGUCUGAAACUCGAGCAGCUAAAUUUUGCUCAUCUGACUGGAAGCCUUGAAGAUGGAAGAGGUGGCAACAAAAAGAAGGGAAUCAAGUCCUCCAUUGGCCGUUUGUUUGGCAAAAAGGAUAAGCCCCAACCAAUGGGCAAAGAUGGCCAACUGACCCCACCUGUGAUUCCAGAUUUUGAAAUGAGCAUUGGAGAUACUAUGACCCUGGGCAAGCAAGCUGAGAGAGACCGCAGGAUGAAGAAGAAGCAUGAGCUUUUGGAAGAUGCACGGAGGAAAGGCCUUCCUUUUGCUCAGUGGGAUGGCCCAACGGUGGUCUCUUGGCUUGAGCUGUGGGUUGGAAUGCCGGCAUGGUACGUUGCGGCUUGCCGUGCCAAUGUGAAGAGUGGUGCCAUCAUGUCUGCGCUUUCUGACACAGAGAUCCAGAGGGAGAUUGGCAUCAGUAACCCACUGCACAGGCUCAAGCUCAGGCUGGCCAUCCAGGAGAUGGUGUCACUCACCAGUCCCUCAGCACCGCUCACCUCACGCACCUCUUCCGGAAAUGUCUGGGUGACUCACGAGGAGAUGGAGAACAUGGCAACCUCCACUAAAGCAGAGAACGAGGAAGGGAGCUGGGCACAGACCCUGGCAUAUGGAGACAUGAACCACGAGUGGAUAGGAAAUGAGUGGCUGCCUAGUCUCGGCCUGCCUCAGUACCGCAGCUACUUCAUGGAGUGUCUGGUGGAUGCUCGUAUGUUGGACCACCUCACGAAGAAAGACUUGCGCACACAUUUAAAAAUGGUGGACAGCUUUCACAGAGCCAGUUUACAGUAUGGCAUCAUGUGCUUAAAGAGGCUCAACUAUGACAGGAAGGAGCUGGAGCGAAGAAGAGAUGAGUGCCACCAUGAGCUGAAAGAUGCUCUGGUAUGGACUAAUGAGCAUGUGAUGAACUGGGUGCAGACCAUUGGGCUAAAGGAGUACAGCAAUAACCUUCUGGAAAGCGGCGUACAUGGUGCCCUCAUCGCCUUGGACGAGAUGUUCGACUUCAGCAGCCUGGCCCUCAUCCUGCAGAUUCCCAUGCAGAACACACAGGCCAGGCAGAUCCUAGAACGGGAGUUCAACAAUGUCUUGGCCUUGGGGACUGACAGGCGUCUGGAGGAGAGCGACGAUAAGUCUUUUCGGAGGUCCCCAUCAUGGAGGAAACGUUUCAGACCGCGGGAUGGCCAAGGCCUGGGCAUGAUGCCCGGUUCCAUUGAGACGCUACCCUCUGGCUUCCGCCUCUCCACCAUGUCCAUUCCCUCCUCUAUGAAUAUCAAUCCCAAGAAACAGCUGCAGCCUGAAGCUGGACCCCAAGCCCCUCAGAGACUUGACCCCUCUGCCAUCAGGACUUACUCUUGCUAACUCUGCUUUACUAACAACACUCAUUAUCAGUGCAUUCUCACUACCUGUAUGGACACACACUGGCGGCCUUUCGAGAGUGAUAUGCCAAAUUUCGAAGGGGUAUUGAUGUCCUCCUACCAAAUGAAACCAGUGCUUUCAAAAAUGGGAUCAAAAAAAAAACAAAA